CUGCGCCUUCAGCUUGUUCGACAUACGCCAGUCUCGCCCGUCGUCGUCACAAUAUCUAUUGUACAUAAACCUCGAAUCAACUUCCCUCUCUACUAGAACCAAAGGAUCAGCCGCCAUGGACGACGAAAUCAAUAUCAGUCAAGAGGACAUCCAGCGCCUCAGCAUGGCCGAGAAGCAGCAGUUGCAGAUGUUCAUCCAGACUGAAACCCAGAAGUCAAACAUUCAGAAAACUGUACAUGAAUUGACCGAAACGUGCUUCAAGAAAUGCAUUGCCGGCUCAAUAUCUUCGGGCAAAUUGGCCAGCAAAGAAGAGACAUGCAUGUCCAACUGUGUCAACAGGUUUAUGGACUCGAAUCUGGCGAUGUUAAAGCAUCUGGAACAACUGCGGGCGCAACAAUAGAAUCAACCUAUUGAAGCGGCUUUGUAUGAAUAUUCAAUGCGGCAGGAGCAAGAUGACAGAGGAGGAACAAUCUGGAUAGCAAAAAGCAUGCGCUGGGAAGGACCUUAUAGGGACUAUGGUAUCGUCCCAAUGUUGUAACAACAUCCCGUCACAGCAGAUGGAAGUGGCAGCCUUUCAAAUUAUCAAGAAAUUCUGCUCUUGAA